GCUGUGGACUAUCCCCAUGCUAUCUAUUAUUCUCUUUGAAGGUUGACUCGGCUUCUCUAUUGAUGCAACACCUAAUCCUCCUAGUUUUUAUAUAAACUCUAUCGUUCCCACUGUGUUUUUCCCUCUCAUCAAACCCAACAUGAGCGUCUUGAGCAUGGUGGAGGCAGAGCUGCCUCCAGGGUUCAGGUUCCACCCGAGGGAUGACGAGCUCAUCUGCGACUACCUUGCAGUGAAGCUCGCCGGGAACCAUGGCUGUUCUAUGAUGGUGGACGUGGAUCCCAAUAAGUGCGAGCCAUGGGAUCUCCCUGGUACUGCAUGUGUGGGGGGCAAGGAGUGGUACUUCUUCAGCCUUCGAGAUCGGAAGUACGCAACCGGGCAGAGAAAGAACCGGGCAACUGUGUCAGGCUACUGGAAGGCCACCGGAAAGGAUAGAUCGGUGGCCCGGAAGGGCGUGCUGGUCGGGAUGAGGAAGACUUUGGUUUUCUAUCAAGGAAGAGCUCCCAAGGGAAGGAAGACUGAUUGGGUCAUGCAUGAAUAUCGCAUGGAGGAUUCUGCUUCUGCAACCCAAAAGAUGUUGCCCUUCAAGGAAGAUUGGGUGCUGUGCAGAGUGUUCUACAAGGGAAGAGAGGUCUCCGGCAAGGCAAGCAUGGAGAUAUUGAGCCAAGACGAUUCAGGCGGCCCGAUGCUCCUCCCACCUCUCCUCGACAACUACAACUCCACUGACCAAACCUCACUCAACUUGGAAGGGUUUGGGCAGGUGCCCUGCUUCUCCAGAAUAGCUCCAAGCCACGCACCUCAGGUCCCAACCAUAACCCCACACCUGCCAUCAUCCGAAAGGGCCAUCUCCCUACCAAGAUGCUUUCCUCAAAUAGCUGACCUGCCUAACUUGGGCUCUGGACCCAACCAGCUCGCUGCUGACAGGAAGCUCAUGAAAUCAGUAUUGAGCAAGCUGGAAGGUGGUGGCUCGAAGCAAAGGAUGGUGCAGAAUUUAGUAGUUGAAGACUGUUUGGGGAGUUACUCAGCACAGGGUGGUCUGCCUACAGCUUGGAUCCCUUUUUGAGAUAUGAUAAGGUUGCAGUGCAAUUAGUAGAAAAUGACGUCUUCUAUUUACAUACACUCACUAAAACUUGUCCAUAUAUUUAUAGUGUGAUGAGAUUGAAACUGUUUUAUAUUCCUACUUUCUAUAAUGAGAUGAUGUGUUAUGGUGGAUAA